AUGGCCGACUCCCAGAUAUAUGCUAGACAGCUUCUUGUGAAACGGCAUGGCUAUCCUCUGUGGAUUCCGGAACCGUAUGGACAUUCUCCGAUCUACAGGACGAAAGGUGUUCGCAUUGGAGAUGUCGGAUAUGUCACUCAAGACGGUGGCUUCGAGACACUGUUCAAUAUUCGCGCUUCCCCCAACGAUCCCAUCAAUCGCCGAGGCGUUCCAAAUGGCUUUCAAGAAGUCCACCUACAUGUUCACGACGUUGUCCAUCUCCCGAAUUUCCACCACUCAAACAGCGCAGUCACUAGUACAUCCGCGAAGCAAAGGUCGUUGGACGCAGGUUUCUCUGUGACCCAGGCGCAGCCAAUAGUGGGAGCUGGCGCCGCAUUGGAGUAUGUCUGGUCAUCUACAGAAGGGGCUAUUCUGCACUUACCCAAGGGUGCCUCGCGUAUCACUGCAACGAAGAGCAUUUUUCGUGAGCAAGCCAUGCGACAUGCAAAGAACUGGUACAAGUUCGCAUUUGAAUGCUCCGAUGUUGCCAACGGUUCGCUGUACCUCAUUACCGGAUGCGACAAAACGAGCUCUUGGAUGGUUGGCGCCUUCUCCGACUGUUCCUCUGGAUCGCAAGCCAUCCUCCAGCUGAGUGUUGCCGGACUGUUGGAGGGGCAGCUGUCAUAUAACUACUCGUGGGCUACAUCGAGUCCAGCUAUUCAACGCGUCGGCCCGUCGGUUGAUCAGACGACUGCAUGGGAUGAAGAUCCCGAUGCUUUGGAACGGGACAACGACAUAUUCGCCACAGAUGCUCCCCAAGGGAGCAACCAAUGCGCUUUCAUACGGGGGUAUAAGAUCACUUUGAGGAGAGAUGUUUUGCGCCGUAUUUUGGGAGGGCCCACGACUACAACCCAGAUCUCCUCCAUUGAAGAUGCUACGGAAGGAGAUAUUCAGCGAAACUCCUUCUCUAGCACUGCGCAGUCUCCCGCUUGGUACAGCAAAGGCAAUACGAAAGCCGUCGGAGAUGGUCGAGAUUCAAGCGGGGAAUGGAGUGAGGAACUUGGAGAUGAUUCACCGUCAGACGAGGGCGACAUACGUCUUGAAGAGCUUCCUGGUCCAUUCGAGGACUGUCACCCUUCUGUAUUGAUUAACAAUUUCAUGUUGGAGAAAUAUCCUAAUGCAGAAGUGGCCAUUACUCAUGAUGAUGAUUGGAUUGGCUUGAUUGACGAGGAUGAUCGGUCACGGCCAACUGAUGAUGAGCUUUUGCUCCGUUUACAGCAUCGUUGCUCCUUUAAUCACUCUCCAGAUGCUGUUUCGCCCGAUCCAAUCCAGCCGGACAAUGGCAGUAAGCGGUCCAUCUCAACUACGAUACCUUUGGUAGACAACGGAGAAAGAGGAAAGAAAAGGGCACGUACAACGCCACAAGGCAGAGACGCAGCAGCAAGCCAGAAGCACCGUCGUGCACGAUGUCACUCCUGCCGGAAGGGAAAGAUCAAGUGUGAAUUUGAUUCGGACACAGGCCCUUGCAAGUCGUGCCUGCGCAAUCAGCUCGACUGUGUUUCGUGGAUCCGGAACCCUAAGCAAGGGCCCCUUCGUAGUGCGCAGGAUGAGUCCUCUCCUCGGACUGAACAUCUGGCUCGCAGUCGCAGGCGCAGUGUAUCCCAAGAGUUAUAA